AUGUAUAGUAGCAAGCUUUGUUACGAUAGGAGGUGGAAGUUCAGGACGCUUGUUCUCGGGGUGCUGAAGCUGCUCGAGGAGAUGCAUGGCAAGGGGUGCCAGUCCAACGAGCGCACCUACAGCACGCUGCUCAUGGGCCUAUGCAAGAACAAGAAGCUGGACAAGGCCGUCGAGGUGUACAAGUCCAUGGCGGCGGCUGGGACGAAGCUCAAGUCGCUAGUGUAUGCCUCCUUCGUCAGGGCGCUGUGCCGAUCGGGUAGCAUCGCGGACGCGUAUGAGGUGUUUGAUUAUGCGAUCCAGACCAAGAGUCGCGGACGCGUUCUUAUGCCAUGGAAAUUCAACAAGUGCUACGCCCUCUUCGUAAUUGACCAUGGAUGCAAGGAUUCUUCGAAGAAACUUUGUGAUUGA